ACUCUCCACGGACGGCCAACAGGCUGGUGUCUGCCUGAGGGUGUGCCUAGCCCCUUGGUUGUUUCGUGUACUUCAACAACUGUUCUCGUCAUUUCUAUUUCAACACGUCUCAACAGCAGAACAAAGUCAAGCUAUAACUCAUCAGCGCCAUGUUCAGGGGCGGUUCAUCCAAGCCUGAUCAGGGCGCUGAGGGAUCACGAAAACCUCCCCAGAGCCCAGAAGCGCAAAGGGCCUACAACCAGAUGCGGGAUGUUGAGGAAGAAUCCAAACGUACGGGGCGCUUAAGCGAAGCUCUACGGCAGCGAGAACGAGACAGACGGAACGUUAUCGGUCACAGUCCCUACUUAGAAAUUCCAACACCCCAAAGACGACCUAGAUCUCGUACUGGUUCAAUCGGCAGUACUGGCCCAGCGUCAACACAAGGCUCGGAUGGAGGAGUCGAGGACUGUGGGCGCAAGAGGCGAGGCCACCGCACCAAACCUUUGGAAGAACCCCAGAGACUGAGAACGGCAUUUAUUCGGACAUACGUUGGUGCUUGCGGAGAAUGUCGCACACGUAAAGUCAAAUGUACACAUUUCGAUGACGCCGAACUCGAAGCCAACUACCAGGCAUUGAGACGGUCAAGACUAUCAGUAUCCCCAAGUUCACCAAGUCUCCAUAUCCCCAUCAGUCCGCCAGUGUUCUAUUCCCCAGUGCAAUGUCCGAACGAACUUGUCGGAGUCGGCAGCCACACUGUCGGGUUUCCUAACCAGCCGAUCGUGAACCACCACGAACAUCUACCUGACGACAUCGUGCUUGAAAGUCCAACGCUGGUCAAUACUUCCAGGGGAGGUCUCUUCCUGUCCAAAGAAGACGCCCCGACCAAUAUCAAUGCAGCCUAUAGCCCAGCCUAUAGCCCCUCAUAUCCUGCCCCUCUUGGCUUUGGUGAGCCAUACACACCAUUUCCCAACUCUUAUCCCGGUUCUCCGAUGCUGUCCUCGCCAGCCUCUUCGGUUGGAGAUGUUGACAAACCACUUGGUUUACUCACCAACGACCUCAUCUGGGAAUGCAAACGAGGAGCCAUCGAUUCAUGGGCAGUGGCGCCCACCGAUAACGGAUCGUAUCAAUGCCACGCACGCUUCCCGAAUCAUAUCACUUUCCUGGAACACUACAGGACUCAACAUGAGCCCUUUGUCAACGAGAAGAUAGUACGUAGAUGUAAAUGCUGCGGCGCCUUCGAAGGACCCUUCGCUCUGAGCUGCACAAAAUGCCAAAACGACGCUUGCUUACUCUGCGAUGCCUCUGGUCCGUUGGACACAUGGUAUUACGGUACCAUGAUGCCUCCUGCUCCCAGUUUGACGUCUGGUACAUCGACGAUAACUACAGGGCAAGGCUUCGGAAACGGACUGCUGGGUCCUCCAUCGUUUUACGGAUCCAACUCUUACGGACCUAACUGUCAUGGAUCUAACCCUUACACAUCCAACUCCUACGGCAUCUACGGCAGCAGCUACGCCGGCUCUACGAGUAAUCAGACUUUUGGAACGGCACCAACACCACGGUCUGAACACUCUUUUCACCAAGUAACCUCAAAACAAGGUUUCACUCGUCAUCGCGAUGAGAACUCAACCUCCCCCACCACAAUUAAGGAUCACUCAAAAGGACCUUUCAGAGACCACCACUUUCCCCAAAAGUCAUUCGCCAAAUGCGCCUCCCCAACGACGUUCUCCCUCAUCCUCAAAUCAGCAAAGUCCUUCUCCUUCUCGAACCUCAACCUCAACUUCCCCUGUCUCGCAUUGGCGCACUAUCUCAUCCUGCUGCUUUUACUUCCUUUGGGGUCUUCGGAUGCGAAUACCACCACCGCCCCAUCGUCUUCUCUGAUCAAACGGGCCGCAGAAGAUAUGCCGUUGGUAUCGGCUGUGUGUAUUGCCCUUGGGGUGUUUGGGAUGUGGCUGUUUCGAUCUGGAUCCCAAUCUGUCGAAGAGGUUGCUGAGGAGGGAAGGGCAAGUUUGUUGCCGAUGUCCUUGAUCGCGUAAUGAGUGGUCAAAGGCGGAGAUCACCCUUGUCUCGACUCAAGAAUCUA